ACCACCUCUUAAUUUCUGUGUGCAAACACCAUAAACCUUCAAUUCAAUCUUAAGCAGUUGUUGCUUCAUAAUCCAAAUUACAGGCCAGUAGCCAGAGGGGGGAGCUGCAGGGAACAGCAGACUCACUCUGAGCCAUGUCUCAAGGACACUUUUCAGCUGAGUCACUGUCCAUGUCUGUGAGUGAAUGUGUGUGUGUGUGUAAGCACAUGGUCUGUCUAAGUAUUAUGUAAAAGCUUGUGUUCCUUGUAUUUGCAUUAUAUAGUGCAAAAAAAGGAGUAAUGAGAAACCAAAAAUGUCAGAACUCUCUGGAUUUAUCUUAUUUUAAUCUCUCUGUUACAAGCAGCAGUUUAGAUGUAUGUAGAGGCUAUAGGCUAUCUGCUGUGCCAUGCAAUUUUUUAUCCAAUAUUGACUGGCAAAUGACAUGGGGAAAAAGCAGAAAGAUAAAGUCAGACAAGAGUGACAUAAUGAGCUCUGAAAUGCUGAAAAAGUCCAGGGGAUGACAAUUAGUGGCAGCCUGUGUUUCCCCCAAUCAAGUAGGAUAAACUGUGUCCUUUACAGACAGCAGCAGCACCACGUGUUGGUGACAGGUACAGCACCUGCUGCUGCUCAGAGUGCGUCACCCACUCAUAGUGAGGACAUCGGUGAGCAGGGAAAGGAGGAGCUAUCAAAGAGGGGGGGAGCACAACUGCAGCAUCCUCUGAAAUGAUCUGAAAACAAACCAGGAGGAAGAGGAAAAUAGAAGAAAGAAGAGUCCCGAUACAGUCUGGUCACCUUGCUCAUACACAGACAUCUGCGGCAUCAUCCCCUCUCUCUCUUACACACACACACACAGUCCGUCUUGUCCCUCCCUCCACCAUAGAGCGCCGUCACGACUCAUCUAUCCGUCUGGAAUCGGAGGGGAAGCCCCAGCAGCAACACCAUAGUCACUGUGCCUCUUCAGUCAAGCCUCCGGCAUCCCACCUUCCAUCACUGUCCCUUCACACAGCUCGCAGCCUGGACGGACAUCCCGACAUUCCCCUUAUCAAAAUGAAGAAGGGGCUCCAGAGUGGUCAAGCUCACACAGGGCAUCAGCACAGCGGUGAGGAGAAAGAGAGGGAAGUGUGGAGGGAGAAAGAGGAGAAGGAGUGGCAGCACAGGAGGGCUGAGAAGAAGCUCCUGGCCUUCUGGAUGUCCCUGUCCCACAGGACCUGGACCUUCUUCAGGCCCCGUGAGAGGCCGAGCUUCCAGCGCUCAGCCUCGGCGGCCCGCCUGCUGAAGAGUGAGGCAUGAGGAGAGAAAGUGUGUGUGUGUGUGUGUGUAGUUGUAGUGAGUGCAUGUAUGUGAGUGUGGAGGUCUGUCAGUAGCAGAGUGUCACAAGAGGCCUCACAGACCUGCUGUCAAGUGGACUUGUGUGUGUGUGUGGUGGCUUAAUGUGUGUGUGUGUAUGUGUGUGUGUGAUCCAUUCAAGUGGAUGAAAGCAGCUUCCUCCGCCUAGUCCACCAUUUGCAAAAGUACUUUGUGUUGCUGCCCUGCCAGUGAGGGAGUGACAGGUGAAGGGCAAAACAAGCUUAUUGAGUCCUUCGUCACAGUUUUUUUUUUGCAAAACAACUUUAAGAAUAACUGUUUUCAGAAAAGAACCAUCAUCUGUGACUUUUGGUAGAGUCUGGAGUGAGAUCUUGAGUGAGAACACACACGCUAAAAAGGAAGUAUUUUCUCUGCGAGGUUAGUGUUCCCUCAGUCAAAAUGGAUUAAUGCAGCCCUCUCAAAUCAGCUUGACUAAUUCAACACAAAGUUUGGGAGCAGAUUUUGUGACACAGAAGAGCUGUCCCUCCCCACCAGCACAUCAAGCAGGGCUUUCCAGCCAGGGAUGGGUUAACAGGGAUCAUCAGCCAUGGUGGUGACCCAUCUGGCUCUGGAGCUGUGUUUUCAGGGGAAGAAGCUUAGGGGCUUCACGUGCAAACUGACCCGCUCAGCCCACGGCUUCCUGCCAGAGAGCUCGUGGAUCAUCGCAGCCCAGGUCCUGCUGCCGUACCUGGUGUCUGGCCUGGGCAUGGUGGCAGCCGGGAUACUCAUGGAUAUAGUGCAACACUGGGAGGUGUUCAAGGAGAUCUCAGAGGUAUUUAUCUUGGUGCCAGCCCUGGUGGGGCUGAAGGGGAAUCUGGAGAUGACAUUGGCAUCCAGACUGUCAACAGCAGCCAACACAGGGCAGAUGGAUGAGGCUCAGCAGCAGUGGAGGAUGGUGUUCUGUAAUCUGGCGCUCAUUCAGGUCCAGGCCACAGUUGUGGGCUUCCUGGCAGCGGUUGCAGCAGUGGGUCUUGGGGGUGUGACCAGGGGGAGAGUGGACGUUAUCCAGGCUUCUAUCCUGUGUGCCAGCAGCGUCACCACUGCUUUCAUUGCUGCACUGUCUCUAGGUCUGGUGAUGGUAGCAGUGAUCAUUGGCUCCAGGAAAGUGGGCAUCAACCCAGAUAACAUAGCCACGCCCAUCGCUGCCAGCCUCGGAGAUCUCAUCACUCUGUCUUUGCUCGCUGGGGUCAGCAGCCUCUUCUUCUGUUACAGAGACAUUUGGUACUUGCCUCCUGUGGUCUGUGGCUUCUUGUUGCUUCUUAUCCCAGUGUGGGUCAAUAUUGCCUGUCGCUUGCCACCAGUCAGAGAGGUCCUAAAGUCUGGCUGGCAACCAGUCAUUUUGGCUAUGUCCAUCAGCAGUAUUGGUGGUCUGAUUCUGGAUAAGACAGUGAGUAAUCCAAACUUUGAAGGUAUGGCUGUGUUCACUCCAGUCAUUAAUGGUGUAGGGGGAAAUCUGGUGGCCAUCCAGGCCAGCAGGAUGUCCACCUACCUCCACUAUUGGGGUGUUCCAGGAGCACUUCCAUUUAAAAUGAAUGUCAACUGUCCUGGACCCUGCGCUACCUUCUGCUCCUCAGAUGUGAACUCCAAAUCAGCCAGAGUCCUGGUCAUCCUUGUAGUCCCAGGUCAUCUCCUCUUCCUGUACACUAUCCACCUCCUGCAGGGAGGCCACACUGCCAUGACACCAACCUUCAUCAUCUGCUAUCUGUCUGCAGCUCUGCUUCAGGUGGUGAUUUUGCUUUACGUGACCGGGCUGAUGGUGCGCUGGCUGUGGCAAAGGGGACUGGAUCCUGACAAUUUCUCCAUCCCUUACCUCACAGCUCUGGGUGACCUUCUGGGGACUGGUUUCUUGGCUCUGAGCUUCAGGCUGAUUCUGAUACUCGGUUCAACGACUGGAGUUUGACACAGACAUGUGAUCCUGUACAUCCUACUGUUCCCUAUAUGCAAGUGGCUGAAACACAUUGCACACUGAACUUUCCUUCAAGAAGGAAAGUGAGGAAUGACGAACACGGGAAGCAAGUAUUGUGUUCUAUUUGUGCCUCAAUAUUGAUUACUGGGAUCUAUGGGACAUCUUGAGCAUAGAAAAAUAGUUUUUUCAAACACAUCAUUUGUAUUUUGUUGACAAAUGAUCACGCAGAAAAUCAUUUAAUUUGAGCGAAAAGAAAUCUAUUGUGUGCUCAGUAAAUGUAUUUAUGUGUGUGUUCGCCAGGGGCACAGUAAUAACCUCGCACUCAGUUUUACUCAUUUGCUGUCUAAUUCCCCCCAAUUUGCACAUAACUGAGCACUUAAUUAAUCUCAUUGUACAGAAAUAAGAGGAGAAAUAAGAGAAAGUUGAGGGAAAUAACAGAAAGAAACUGGUUAGUUUCUCAAGAGUUUAGUUAGAGGCUGAACUGAACAGCAAACACAAUGACACCCCGACAGACAGGGUCUGUUGCCAGCUUGAUUACAGCUUAGUUACAAUUGGCUCACUGGCUGGAGUCCAGUGGUCAAAUUCUGAUUAUAAUGCUUUGUCUGAGCAGCUGGCAAUCAUCAAGUUAGCUUAGUUAGCUACUGCUCAUCUUACAACUAUCUGUCACUACCUACCAAGAUAGCUUGGUAGAGACCAACUUGUAGUGUCUAAAACUAACAAUGUAACCAAAACUGUGUAAACAACUCUUGUAUGGAUAUGGUGACCCUGCCAUUUCUUCAGCGCUUGCCCCACUUCCACAGUAACCAAUAAUCUUACUAGCAAUCAGAUUGGACACAAAAAGCCAAUCAAAAAUGACCUACUUGAGUUUUUUUGAUUUGCUUAAAUUAUGGCUCUAACACUUUCAGGUUGAGUAAGAUGAAUUUGAGCAGAGAUACUGAGAGAUUGAGAGAACACAGUGACAGUGUACAUGGUUUCGAGGGCACACGGAGCAGGCACUUAGAAAAUGAGUAAAACUGUGUGAGAGGUUGUUACUGUACACUUGCAUAGAUAAUAAAUACAUCUAUUGAGCACGGGAUAGAUUUCCAUUUACACAAAUUAAAAUAUUCUUUCAUGGUAAUAAAUAACCCCAAAAAUGUAACUUGCUUGCAAGAAUCCUUUUCUUUGCUCAAAAUACCACUUUGCGAUCAGGACUGAAGCACAAAUAUUACUCCAUAGAUAAGGUUUUGCAAAAGGAAAAGUGGAAACAGCGUGGUUCAGUGUAGAAAGAUUUGCAGAGGACAGUGUGGACUUUUUUUGCACCUUUCCAGCUCACUUUGGUCAGCAGUUGUACACUGUUCCCUGGAGUUUCACUGGCCUCAAUAUCAGCACCACCAAGCUUGGCUCUCUAGGAACAACCUCCAUUCAAAAUGGGCACAAGUGGGAAUACUGUAGAACCACUGUAUUGUUAAAUAUUGACACAUCCUUACACCCAUUGUCAGCUAUUAAAUGUUAGAUGGCAAAUGAUUGUAUUAAGGCAAUAAUAAUAUAUUACUGAGUGUAAAUGUAUAUUAACAUAAAUCAGAUGCUGCACUGUCUGGAGGAAUGUUAGAUUUUAUUGUGUUUAUUUUAUGUAGAUUAGUGCCUUUAAACCGUGAUCAGCCUUCAGUUCUCUGAUGUGUUCCUGAACUCUUGAGUUGAGGUGAGGAAAAUUUCUACAGGAUAUUUUAUUUUUUGUGCAGCACAGUGCCACUGAAUAUACCCCGUUGUACCUAAUUGUCUUUCUGUGUUCCAGAUAUUAACGAUAGAUAUUUCUUUGUGCUAUUUUUGUGUACAAAUGUUUUAGUAAGCAUCUCUCUGUAUGGGGCCUUUUCAAUUGUUUGAUAUGCACUUUUAGAAAGAUGCUCAUCUUUAGUGAUCUGAAAAUAGAAUCCAAAGAUGGUAAUAAUCUUAUUUUCACAGUGACAUCAAGCUUGACUGGACUUUGUAGUGCCAUCACAUUUGUAAAAAC